AUGGCUAACGAGCAGCACAGGUUUACGUGGUGCAUGAACAGCGGCGCUCUUGCCAUCCUGCUACAUCAAACCCCCCUCCGCUUCAAGGGCAUCGACAUCCUCGCCGACAUCCUCUUCUGCAUCGCCCUCGUCACCUACGUCGUCUUUUCCAUCCUCUUCAUCGCUCGCUUCGUGUGGUUUCGGAAGGCCGCAUACCUCGAAAUCACGUGGAAUGCGUGCCUGCUGUUCUGGGCCUUCACCAUCCUCAUCCGCCGACAUGAACCCUCCAACGCGAAUCUCCCUUUCAGCAUCAUCAUUCCCGCAGUCAGUGUCUCCACCGUCGGCCUAACAGGUGCCGUUAUAUCGACGUACGCAGUCGGUCUGUCUGCACGCCUGGCGAUCCCGGUGAUGAUUGUCAGCUUCCAAUGGACGGGAGUGGGCAUCUUGUUUGGGAUACUCCUCACGUCCUAUCUCUUCUGGUCUCUACUUACGAAAGGAUGGCCUGCACCGGACCAGACCGCAACCCUUUUCAUCCUUGUUGGACCCAUGGGUAUGUACAUGCCAUCAACUUACGGCCGUUUCGGCGAGUACAACACCGGCACCUUCCUCACCGCAGAAUCAGCCAAGGCCCUGGCGCCAGCCUGCCUCCUCCUCGCCUUCCUCAUGAACGGCCUGGGCAUCAUUUGGCUCAUCCUCGGCAUCCUCGGCAUGCUCGAGCGAGCAGUGAAGCGCGAACUCCGCUGGACGCCCGCGUGGAACGGCAUCAUCUUCCCCAACUCCACUCUCACCACCUCCUUCCUGCUCUUUGCCAUCGACCUCGACUCCCCCGCUUAUAGAGUCAUCACCGUCAUCAUGAUCAUUGCUCUUGUCAUUGUCUAUUUGGUCAAUCUCGUGUACACGGUGCUGCGGGUGUCGCAGGGCAAGUUGCUCAUCGUGCGAGAGGAUUGGCGGGUGAGGAAGUUGAUGGAGGAGCAGAAGGAGGAGUGA